UACCGCCAUUUUGUGAGAAGGGUGAUAAACGGGCGCUGGGUUGUAGCGUCCCAUUCAGUUACUUUUCAGGUGAGGGAGGAGGAAGGUCGUGCAGGCAUUGCGAGGGUCGUGAAACCGGACCAAGUCCCCCAAGUUCCCUUCCACCGACACAGCCGCAGGUCUCUCUGAAGAGAAAGGGUCACCGGAGCCUCCGAGUUGCGGCGAACCGUCGGGGUCGCUGCUGCCACCUCUAGCUGAGCGCGCGCGCAGGCCCUCCCAGGGCGUUGAUUUCUCGGCGCGCAGCCUUCGGGCCGAGCCCUCGCCGGCCAUGAGCUACGGGCGUCCUCCCCCAGACGUGGAGGGGAUGACCUCCCUGAAGGUGGACAACCUGACAUAUCGUACCUCGCCAGACACUCUGCGGCGAGUCUUUGAGAAGUACGGCCGAGUGGGCGAUGUCUACAUCCCCCGCGAUCGCUACACCAAGGAGUCCCGUGGCUUCGCCUUCGUGCGCUUCCACGACAAGCGCGACGCCGAAGAUGCCAUGGACGCCAUGGACGGCGCCGUGCUUGACGGCCGGGAGCUGCGGGUGCAGAUGGCCCGCUACGGCCGCCCGCCAGACUCCCACCACAGCCGCCGAGGACCGCCGCCCCGCAGGUACGGGGGAGGCGGCUACGGACGCCGGAGCCGCAGCCCGAGACGGCGUCGCCGCAGCCGUUCUCGAAGCAGGAGUCGCUCCAGAUCCCGAAGCCGAUCUCGUUACAGCCGGUCCAAGUCUCGUUCUCGUACUCGAUCCAGAUCUCGAUCUACCUCCAAGUCCAGGUCUGCCCGGAGAUCCAAAUCCAAGUCUUCGUCGGUCUCCAGAUCUCGGUCCAGGUCCAGAUCCAGGUCUAGAUCCAGAAGUCCUCCGCCGGUAUCGAAGAGGGAAUCAAAGUCUAGAUCUCGAUCCAAGAGCCCCCCCAAGUCUCCCGAAGAGGAAGGAGCAGUUUCUUCUUAGGAUAAUGAUACGGCUGAAAGCAACAUAAUGGAUGACUUGGGGGGAAAAGACCACAUUCAGUCCAUUGAAGAGUCCCUGGAACAAGCAACUGGCUAUUGAAAAGGUUAUUUUGUAACAUUUUGUCUAACUUUUUAACUUGUUUUAAGCUGCCUCAGAUGGCAAGCUUCAUUUUAUGUGCCAUUUUGUUGCUGUUAUUCAAAUUUCUUGUAAUUUAGUGAAGUGAACGACUACAGAUUUCAUUAUUGGCUUUGGAUAUUUGAGGUAAAUUUUCACUUUUGUUUUAUAUAGUGCUGAUUUUUGUUUGAAAUUAAACAGACUCCUCCCAUAACCUAA